GCUUCGGCAGGUCUUGACUGUGUCUUGUUUCUCUUGCACAGGGGAUGCUGUAGCUGUGCAAGGUGAAGGACGGACCAACAGUCACAGGCAGAGCCACGGCAGUUGUUUCUCCUCCUGGAGCAAGGGAGGGCAGCGCUUUGGUGAGCCGAGGAGUGUGGUCUGCAGGGAAAGAGCCAUUUGGUGGAUGCGAAUAUCCCUGCGGCUGCGGUGAGGGGAGAGGAGCCUCUGCCACAGAUCGAGCACACUUCUGGAGGGAAAAACACCACUUUGGUUUGGUGUCUAAUUAGAUAUUUACCAGGAAGGAAGGAAAGUUAAAAAUAGAGUGACAGUGACUUCAAAGGGUGUUUUUGUCUUCUAAGAAUAACACCUUUGCUGGCACCAACUUCAGGAAUAUCAGCUGUGCCUGGGUGUGAAACAUGGAGGAGAUGUUGCAGCUCGGUUGGUAGCCAAGGGGGCAAGCCAGGACCACCUGGACCCAGCCCUGCGGGAGCAGCUGAAGAGGGGACGUCUGCAUCGCUGCGAGGGCCCGUGGAGAGCUCAGCUGCAUCCCCAGGGACGUGGCGGAGGGAGUUUGUGGAAGACGAAGCCGCCAGUACCCCAGCGUGGGUGGCACCAUGGGGACCCCCUCCCCGCGGGCGGUGCUGGUGCUUGCCGUGGCACUACUGGGGUUCUCAGCUCCCUGGGCAGCGUACGGGCGGCCCAACUUCAUCGUCAUCCUGGCAGAUGAUGUGGGCUGGGGGGAUCUUGGGGCCAACUGGGCAGAGACGAAGGAGACCCCACAUUUGGAUGAGCUGGCGGCCGAAGGGAUGAGGUUCGUGGAUUUCCACUCAGCUGCGUCCACUUGCUCCCCGUCCCGCGCCUCUCUGCUCACGGGGCGCCUCGGGGCGCGCAAUGGGGUGACCCACAACUUUGCCAUCACGUCGGUGGGCGGCCUCCCCCUGAACGAGACCACCCUGGCCGAGGUGCUGCGGGAGGCUGGGUACAGCACAGGGGCUAUAGGCAAGUGGCACCUGGGACACCACGGCCACCAUCACCCCAGCUUCCGCGGCUUCAACUACUUCUUUGGGAUCCCCUACAGCCACGACAUGGGCUGCACAGACACCCCCGGCUACAACCUGCCGCCCUGCCCGCCCUGCCCGCGGCUCGGCGCAGCUGCCAGGAUCGGGGGGAAGGACUGUUACACGGAGGUGGCCCUUCCUCUCUUCGAGAACGUCACCAUCGUCCAACAGCCCGUCAACCUCAGCAGCCUGGCGACGCGCUACGCGGAGGAGGCAGCGCGGUUCAUCCGCGGGGCAAGCGACAGCGGCCGCCCCUUCUUCCUCUACCUGGCGCUGGCCCAUAUGCACGUCCCGCUGGGGGUCCCCCCGCCGCCACCCCCCGCCUCGGGCAGGGGCAUCUACGGAGCCUCCCUGAGCGAGAUGGAUGCCCUGGUAGGACGGAUAAAGCAGGUCGCUGACAGCCACGGGAAGGGCAACACGCUCCUGUGGUUCACAGGUACAGCAGGAAACCCAACCGGCUGCGGUGGCUCGACGCCGGGGAACGGUGGGAGCUCAGCAAAGCGAACGACCUGGGAAGGAGGGCACCGGGUGCCGGCGCUGGCGUACUGGCCUGGCCACAUCCCUGCCAGGCAGACAAGCCACGCUCUGCUCAGCCCGUAA